GACAGGGUCUCCGGGCGCACUAAGAGUCUCCCGCCUGACAGAGGCCCAGGACGUGACCGCCCGGUGCCAGCGCUGCGCCCAGGCUUCCACUGCGGGACUUCCCACCUGGCCAGGCAGGACAGGAAGUAACCGCGCCGCGGGUUCCGAAAGGGGAGAAGGAUUCGAUCUGGAGGACUUCAGCGCGCGUUCCUGGGGAUGCGGAGCUGCUGAGCGGCCGGAAGCUGGAUCAGGAGCCUUGAACCGGUUCUUCCCGCCACGAGCCCGGCCCCACGCGGCCCCACGCCCGCGCCCACGGCGGCGCGGAAAGUCCCUGCCGGGACAAGCCCAGCCGAGCGGGUCCCUGCCCGAGCCUCGGAUCCUUGGGGUUGAGGGGGUCGGCGGCGUCUGCGGGCCCGCGAUGCGGACGCCUGCUUGGCUGCUCUGCGCGCUGUUCCUGGCGCUCCGGCCCGCGGUCCCGGCCUCAGCUGGCACAGGUGCAUGCGAGGGUAUCCUCAGAACAAACCAGGAGGUCGUCGCGGCUGGCCAGCCCUUUGCUUUUAACUGCUCCUAUGCCUCCCUGACACAUGGGGACGUGACUGUGACCUGGUACACAGUGCCCAGCGACGCCCCGCUGUCCCGGGACGUGGCGCGGAGGAUUCACCAGGAGCGCACCUGGCUGCUGAUUCUCCCUGUGCGCGCCGGGGACGCAGGGCUGUACCAGUGCGUGGUAAAGAACACCAAGAGCUGCUGCAGAGUACUGGUCAACCUCACUGUGGUAGAGAACAUCUCAUGUGCCAGCUCCAGAAACAGCUCGCUGUGGUUAUCAAAGGAGCUCAAUCAAGUCUUACACGCUGGGAGCUCGGGCAGGCUGCUCUGUCACCUGUACUUCCCAGACAGUUGCCUUUUGGAUUCCAUAAGGUGGUAUAAGGACUGUAAAGAGAUUACUGGGCAGCCACAGAAGUUCAUUUCUUCAGGCAUGAAGCUUUUUGUGAACAAUAUCUCUGCAGAGGAUGGGGGCAACUACAGAUGCAUGGCCAGGCUGACGCACCAGGGCAGUCCAGGGAGCCCAUACAUGGUUCUAAAUAGCAUCUCAGUGAGUAUCAUAGAGAGCAGUAGCUCUGCAGGAAGAGUCCCGAAGAUCCUCUACCCCCGGAAUAAUUCCAUUGAAGUCCGACUUGGCUCCCGCCUCAUCGUGGACUGCAAAAUAACAGACAUCAGGGAGAACACAAACGUCCGAUGCUGGAAGGUCAACAACACCAUCGUGGAUGAUUACUACAGGGACUCCAGGCGCAUCCGGGAGGGAAUUGAAACCAAUGUGUCUUUAAAAGAAGAAAUCUUUUACACGGUCAACAUCACCUUCCUAGAAGUGAAGAUGGAGGACUAUGGCCUUCCUUUCAUGUGCCAUGCUGGAGUGUCUGCUGCCUACAUUAUGCUCAGGCUCCCAGCUCCAGACAUCCAGGCGUACUUGAUAGGAGGGUUUGUCGCUUUGACAGUCGUGGUCACUUCGGUUCUGGGCGUCUACAGCAGCUUCAAGGUGGACAUCGUGCUUUGGUAUCGAAAUGCCUUCCAUUCCACUGAGACCAAAGAAGAUGGGAAGCUGUAUGACGCCUAUGUCCUGUACCCCAGGCCUGAAAUGGGCAGCCAGUGCCACCGCAUGGACAUGCUGGUGCUGCAGCACCUGCCCGAGGUGCUGGAGAGGCAGUGCGGGUACAAGUUGUUUAUAUUUGGCAGGGACGAGUUCCCUGGACAAGCCGUGGCCACUGUCAUUGACGAGAGCAUCAGGCUGUGCCGCAGGCUGAUCUUGGUCCUGGCCUCUGAGUCCUCUGGCUCUGGGCUGCUGCAGGACCUGUCCGAGGAGCAGAUUGCGGUCUACAGUGCCCUCGUCCAGGACGGCAUGAAGGUGAUCCUCAUCGAGCUGGACAGGAUCCGGGACUAUAGUUCCCUGCCGCAGUCCAUCCAGUACCUGAAGCAGAAGCAUGGGGCCCUGCAGUGGUGCGGGGACUCCGAGAAGCAGUCCCAGAGUGCUAGGACUGAGUUCUGGAAGAAAGUGAGGUACCGCAUGCCCCCCAGGAGGUACCCGCCAUCUCACCCCGGUCAGCUGCCAUGGUGUACGCCCUGUGACUACAAACCCAGAGUGGGCUCAGUCACCCAUUGACCCGGGCUCGUCCUCGGCUGGUGGUCCCCUGCUGGCCAGGGUCUUGGUGAGGAUGAAUCUGCCUACUGGUGUGCGACGGCUCGUGUUUUUUUUACUGUCAUUUGUUCUGGUCGGCGCUGCUGCUUCUUCAGGGAGGACAACGGCUCUCCAGAAGCCCCCGAACCCUUGCUGGAUGCCAGGUUACUGGGUGUCAGGUACAAGGCCAGCAGCCAAGGACUGCAGAGAGCAGGCCCAGGUGUCAGAAGGUUCAGCCUCUGAGGCCCAAGGUGGGGAUCUGGCCGGGCCACCGUGUGGCCUGGGGAGGCUGUCAGAGAAGGCUUCCUGGGCUCUUCUGAUCCAGGGUCCUCAGGGUUGUGGUCCACAGGCAGCAUUUACUGUGCUUGCAUCCCGAGAAAUAUCAGAACCACUGUUAAUUAGUGUGGUGGCCCUGGCAGGUGUUUGGAUGUCACCCAGCGCAGAGGGACCCAUUGCUGUGGCAUGGUUGUCAUGUGCUCAGUGUCUCUGCUAAGCCACAGUAAGAGAGGACUUUCCCACCUUUCCUGUCAACAUUUGUGUCCACCGAACCAAGCAGCAAGUGGGCCUCACACCCAGGCGGCAUUGGCCCAUGUGGAGGACUGCAAGUGUCCGGCCAGUGAGCACAUGCCCAUCACAGGCCUCUCUCCAACUUAGCAACUCAUCAGGUUUAAUACUCAGUUAGCUAUCUGCUCACAACCACGAUAUGCUUAUUAAGGGUCCUUCCCAUCAGCUCUGGGCCAUUUCUUUGCUUCUCCUGCACUGGAAUCUUGUUCCCUCUUGGAGGACUUGCUGGUGGAAGGACAGAAAGCUCCUUGCCACUUUGCACGGAAAACCAAAGGACUGGGGAAGGUCCUUAUCCCACCCCACCAUGGUCUCAUCUCCUUCUUAAACCCUGGAGAGGGGCAGCCAGGCUGGGCAGGGUUGGGUGGGGAUCUGGUGAAGGCAUCUUCCUGCCUUUGUGCCUGGCUAAGGCAGGCCCAUGCCAGACAGCCAGCAUCACAUGAGAGCAGGCGGCAUUACUGCUGCCCGUCUGACACCAGGCAGUGAAAUCUGGACAUUAAUGUGGGCGGACACAGACUCUCCCUGUGUGGAGGGGAUUUUCAGAAUCUCUCCCAGCCCCAUUAGGAUUCCCCAACCCUCUUUUCCCUCCUAAAGCCGCAGGGAGGCAAGAGCUGCUCUGCCAGGGAAGCAGGGAGAUUGUGCUGCGUCUGCUCUAAGCAGCUCUCGCCAAGCCCAUUGUCCAGCAGCUCUGUGUCCAUCCUGGCAGCAUUCCUAGGACUUGAGUCUUGAAUGUCUGCAAAAGAAAAAACCAAUUCAUCAACAGAAUGAAGUAUUUCUGAAAAUCUCUGACCCUUAGGAAGUCAUCCCUGUUGAUAAAUUCCUUAACUAGAAUUUUUAAGUAGAAAAGAUUCCCUCUCUCCAGUGUGUGUCUUAAGUUUCUUUUUGUUUAAAAAUAUUCAAGGUGUGUUAUUAAUGUAGUAUUAAUGGAGUAUAUCAGCACAUUUUAAUUUUAUGUUUUAUUAAAAUAUAUUUUGUGUCCUACACAAGAGCUCCUUUCCCCAAUAGGACUGUCACCUCAGAUGUUGAGUGUGCUAGGAGUUAUAUCUGCAAGUCACCCUAAAACCUCAGAGAAGCUGUUGGAAGGUGGCUGGAUCAUACUCACGGGCGGAUGGAUUAGCUCACUGAUGACUUUACAGAUGAACGUGAUGCUGGCAGGCAAAGGCUGGUAGGGAAGGUGGGUCUCAGGCCAUGGCGGGAGCGUCCAACUCGCUUCCCAUCCCUUCAUCUCUCUCUGCUUCCUGCCAUGCUGUGCUGCCUUGGAGCCAGCUGGUGUGGACCAAAACCUGUACAAACUGUGAUCCAUGAUAAACUUCUCCCUCUCUUAAACUGUGUAUUGCUUAUUGUGGCUCAGCAGUGAGAAAAGUAGCUAAGAGCACUAGGCAGAUACUUCCUGGCUCGAAAGCUAUUACUGUUAGACCAUUGCUCUGAUGUGGAAAUUGUAACAACACAGACAUAUACUCCACAGCAGUAGGUCCUGAACUUUUAACAGUGACUCAGCUUUGAUUAUUAAAUAAAAACCAUGGAUAUCUCUCUAGAAUACGCACCCCAGGUGACGGUGUGGCCCUGUGCCCACUGACUUGGGAAGUUCUAUGCAGGUGCCCAGGCAGGCAACCAAGGCCAUGAGAUGGAGAGCUCGGGCUCAGGGCCACUGCAGCACCGUGAGAAGCACCAGAGUCUUCUCCAGCUGUGAGGGCAGUCCUGACCGAGUGUCUGGAGGGAGGAAAUGCUUUUCUCCCAAUGCUUUUCCCCACCACACACUGGCAAGAAAUUGUGUUCACCUAAUUCCUGGUGGAAAAACUUCCACUACCUAUGCUCGUUUCCAACAGCAAACAAAACAGAUGGACCGGAAUUUAGGUAAUUAAGAGAACCAUGAUGAAUUCUCCAUGAAGCCUUAGCAAGCAGAGAUUACACAAUAUUAUGGUCAUACGAGUGACCAGGAAACUGUGUCUUUGCAGACCACUGGGAAUGCAGAAAGGGGUCCUUAGAAUAAGUGUGUGGGCUGUGACCAGCAUUCCAAAAAACCAAACUAGACUCAAACAGAACAGGAAGUGUUCCCAUUUUCCUUGGGCCUGAGUAUGUUCUGAGUUGAAUAUUAAACUGCAUUUCUUCCUGCUCUUUGUAGCAUCACAGCUCGAAGAGCCGUUGGUGGUGGAGGCUGAUAGCCCAGCUGUGAGCCAGUCUGUGCCCUGGCUGUGCUGGGAUACAUUCAGAACUCAGCACUUAUCUUUGUGCUUUUUAAAAAGUUUCCAGAAAGGUGCUAACUGGACGAGACAGGAAGCAAAUCUUGAUAACAAUAAAGGCCUAAGCUGUAUGGGGACCACAAACUCCACUCUGCCCAGGACAACAUGGAUAUAUCCAAGGAGACAGAUAUUAGUGUCUCAAACUCAGAAAACAGUUCGUUCACCAAGUAAAAUAUUAACAACUAUUGCUUAUUCUCCUGCCAUUUUUCUACAGCUACCAUCAUAGUUUGGGGGUUACCCAGGUUUUCAGUUGCCACCACCAGGGUGCUGAAGUACAGGGGAAGUAGAUUUGGAUGGUGACAAGCAGAUUUCCUGGCAGGAGUAGACACAAGUGGAAAUAAACUUUUCUGGUGUUUUU